GCCUGCGAGGUACGCUGGUCCGGUCCCGGCAACUUCUGCUCGCACGCUGUACCAGCCUUCCGGUCUGGGUACCCGCCGCUGCGCUGCCAUGGCUCAGCACUUCUCCCUAGCUGCCUGCGACGUGGUCGGCUUUGAUCUCGACCACACUCUGUGCCGCUACAACCUGCCCGAGAGCGCCCGGCUCAUUUAUAACAGCUUUGCUCAGUUCUUAGUCCAGGAGAAAGGAUACGAGGAGGAGCUGCUCACUCUGACCCCAGAGGACUGGGAUUUCUGUUGCAAGGGUUUGGCGUUGGAUCUGGAAGAUGGGACCUUCAUUAAACUUGCAGCUGAUGGCACUGUGCUCAGGGCAAGCCACGGCACCAAGAUGAUGACUCCAGAGGCACUGACUGAGACCUAUGGCAAGAAGGAGUGGAGGCACUGUGUGUCGGACAGACGCUGUACAUCAGACAAGCCCUGUGCAUCAGACAAGCGCAGUGUGUCUGACAUUCCUUGCUGCUCAGGAAAGUGUUAUUUCUAUGAUAACUACUUUGACCUACCAGGGGCUCUUCUGUGCGCCAGAGUGGUGGACUCUUUAACAAAGCAGAACAGAGGUCAAAAAACAUUUGAUUUUUGGAAGGAUGUAGUUGCUGGUAUACAACACAAUUUUAAAAUGUCAGCCUUUAAGGGUGAGUAACGUGAAGAGAGGCCUCCUGGUAGAGGUUUGU